AUGCCGUUGCCUUUCCUGUCUGAUGUGCCUUUGAGCAUUGCUCUGCCCGCGGCCGCAACAGCUUUAGCAUACCUGAACGCGAAGCAUUCACUCUUCUAUGAUGUUAGCCUCCUUAAGUCAAUGUUCAAGAUGAUGAAGAAGAGGAACUCAGCAGAAAAGAGCGAUCGCCUGAACCUCUUCUAUGUCCUCGAGAAUCACGCCCUCUCCCCCAGCACCGCCGACAAUGAUUUCAUCGUUUAUAACGGCCGAACAUGGAGUUUUCGUGAAACCUAUAAUAUGGCCCUGCGCUUUGCCAAUUGGUUCAAAAAUGUACACAACGUGUGUUCCAAAGAGAUUGUUGCCAUCGACUGCAUGAACUCAUCCACGUUCUUGUUCAUGAUUCUUGGGCUCUGGAGUAUUGGGGCGGUUCCUGCCCUCAUCAACUAUAAUCUGGCUGGCAAGCCUCUAACCCAUUCCCUCAAGGUGUCAACUGCCAAACUUGUGAUUGUGGACGAGGAAGUCCGCAAUAAAUUCACACCGGAGCUGAUGGAGUCAUUGGCCUCUCCAAACUUCCGUGAUGGGAAAGGCCCGACUGAUGUAGUGUUCCUGACUCCCGACGUGGAGGCCCAGGUCUUGGAGAUGGCGCCAAUGCGGGAGGAAGAUACGGCUCGUGCUGGUCUACUCCCGCGCGACAUGGCCUUGUUGAUUUAUACCAGCGGUACCACGGGUCUUCCCAAACCCGCAAUCGUCAGCUUGCACAAAGGCUGGUCCAGUACUUGCUUCGUAGGAAACUGGAUGAGUAUGACCUCUGCAGAUCGCUUCUUUACGUGCAUGCCUCUGUAUCAUGCCUCCGCAGCCCUGCUUGGAUUCGUCGCCACCAUGCAUGCAGGCGCUACACUGAUUGUUGGUCGCAAAUUUUCUGCACGUAACUUCAUGAAUGAAGCUCGUGAGAACAACGCAACAAUCAUCCAAUAUGUCGGCGAGACUCUUCGAUACAUUCUCGGCGUGCCACCCCAGAUCGAUUCGGUCACGGGUGAGGAUCUAGACAAGAAGCAUAACAUUCGCAUUGCAUUUGGUAACGGCCUCCGUCCUGACAUCUGGAAUCGAUUCAAGGAACGUUUCAACAUACCCACCGUUGCCGAAUUUUACGCUGCUACCGAAGGCACAGCCGGGGCUUGGAAUCUCUCUUCGAAUGACUUCUCAGCAGGCGCCAUUGGCCGGAAUGGAGCUAUUGGAAACUUCAUUUUCGAACGAAACUCUGCCAUUGUCGACGUGGACUGGGAGAACCAGGAACCGUGGCGUGACCCGAAGACUGGCCUCUGCAAGAAGGUUGCUCGAGGCGAUCCUGGUGAGUUGCUAUUCCGGAUAGACCCUACCGACCCUAGCGCAGCGUUCCAGGGCUACUUUGGGAACUCCAAGGCUACCGAGAGUAAGAUUGUGCGCGAUGUCCUGAUCAAGGGCGAUGCAUUCUUUCGCUCAGGUGACGUGAUCCGAUGGGACAAGGAUGGUCGCUGGUACUUUUCCGAUCGACUGGGCGAUACUUUCCGGUGGAAGAGUGAGAAUGUCUCUACCAACGAGGUUGCCGAAGUCCUCGGCUCUCACCCGGAGGUGCACGAAGCCAACGUCUAUGGCGUGGCUCUCCCGAAUCAUGAGGGUCGUGCCGGAUGUGCGGCGCUGGUCUUGAACCAGCAGCUAGCUAGCGGUAACGCUUCUGGUCCAGCACUGAAGCCCUCGCCUGCCACGCUUGAAAGCAUUGCGGCGCAAACCCUAAAGAAUUUGCCACGCUAUGCAGCUCCGCUAUUCCUUCGGUUCAUGCCCGAGAUGCAGUCGACUGGGAACAAUAAACAGCAGAAGCAUAUCCUGCGUACCGAAGGUGUAGAUCUAGCCCAGGUCUCGAAGAACGAUCACCUGUACUGGCUGCAGGGCAACUCUUAUGUUCCAUUUGAACAGAAAGACUGGGAUCGGUUGAAUGGUGGCCAGGUUCGACUGUGA